UCUGUCUGAGCUGUUCCGGCUCCUCAUUGCAUAGAGGUUUUUGCCAACUUCCUCAGCCAGCUGACUGUCAGUGUCUCUCAGCACUCUGGUCUUCUCACAAUGCAGCAGUCCAACAGCACAGCCUCUAAUCACACCCAGGGAGCUGUGGCCCCCAGUGUUGUCCUGGGGCUCUGCGUGCUGGUGGGGGUCCCCGGCAAUGCUGUGGUGAUCUGGGCUUUGCUCACCAAGCUGAGGAGAGUCACCUUCACCGUGAAGCUCAUGCUGAACCUGGCCAUCACCGACCUCCUCACACUCAUCACCCUGCCCUUCUGGAUCUACGCCUUGCUGGCCACCUGGGUGUUUGGAAGCGGCCCAUGCAAGUUCCUGUCCUAUAUCAUCUACUGCAGCAUGUACGCCAGCGUGCUCAGCGUCACCCUGAUGAGUGUGCAGCGAUUCAUCAUGGUUCUGUACCCUCAGGCCAAGCUGUGGCUGCGCCGCAGGGGGGAGAACGCUGUGCUCCUGGGGAUCUGGGCCCUCGCCAGCCUCUUCGCCAGCCCCAUAAUCAAAGUCCGGGACGUGGUGGAGGACAGCAACUUGCAGAAGAAGUGUUUGCCCAGGACAUACAGUUCAGACAGCGAGAGAGUGGUGCUCCUGUUGCUGGAGACACUCCUGGGGUUCGUCAUCCCUUAUUCCAUCCUGACCACCUCUUACAUCUGCCUCACCAGGAGGGUGAAGCAAACUACCUUCGCCAGCAGCACGAGGCUGGAGAAGGUGGCCACUCGGAUCGUGGUGGCCUUCUUUGUCUUUUGGCUCCCCUGCCACGUUUUCAAUGUGCUCAAAGUCUGCGCCAUCCUCCUGAAGACUUCCAAUAUGGACGCAUCUGCAAAGCUGGAGAGUGUGUGGGAGGCAGGCAACGAUGUAGCAGGAUCUCUGACGUUCCUCAACAGCUGCCUCAACCCGUUCCUGUACGCCUUUGCCUCACGUAGCCUCUGGAAAGACGCCCAGGAGAAGGGUGUGCUCACAGCGCUUUGUCUUUGCAAUGGUGACCAUUUCAGCCAACAAGAUGAGAUGACCUAGUACAUCCAGGUGCUUCUCUGCAGUCUGUUUCAUUUGGAGGUUUAGUAAACCAAAGGUAGUAAAUCUUUUGUGUAUUUUAGAUUUCAUGAUUACUUUUUAUUGAAAUAAAUCUUAAGCUAAAUCUUAUGUUUAAUAGAAUAGAAACAAUUGAAACAGGAAAGCUAACAGUAAAGUAUAUAAUCCCAGUGUUAAAUAUUACUGCUCCAUUAAAGAGAAAUUGGUUAUUUAAGUAAAUUCUGGAUAGAUGGCACAUUUAAUUCUCUUACAACUUUGUCUUUCGCCUGAUUUGCUGGCGGCCUGAGAGGUGUUGCUGUUAAACUCUGUGUGGAUAUCUCACCACACAACAGAGGGGUGAGACUGAGUGCCUGGAGCAGGUUGGUCUGUGUAGACACUUUUUUGCUGCUAUCUUUUGUCUUAAACACUGUUAGAAACUAGACCAGAAGUAAAUGCAUAGGGUUGAUUGUGUUUUUUGUUUCCUGCAUUUAGGCUUUGACUGAUUUGGGUUGGAUUGCUAACUGAUUUCCAAAAUGCUGUAUUGUUGUCUUGAAAACAAUUUGCAUAUUGUUUUAUCUUUACAUUUGCAAGUAACUGUAACCUGAGCAAAAGUGAAUUAGAUCUUUGUUGCUUUUUCCUCAUAUUUUUAUCAUGUGAUUUUUUUACCUCCUUCAACAGAUUACAUUUUUUCCUCUUCCCUUUUUGUUUUUUUCUUUUUUGAAAAUUAUGGAAAUCUGGACUACAAGCUUAACAAUAUUAGUGUUACUAACGAUGGAAGAGGUUAUUGUUUUUACUGCUGUUAGUUUCUUACCAGCCUAAUACUUUAUGAACUGUCUGUUUAAUGAGCAAAAGGAAAGAAAUACAGCUAUCAAAGAUAUUAGCAUUUAAGAUGAAUGUUUUCCUGAAUUGUAUGUUCCACUGAUGUAUCCCGUGAAGGAAUAAAACAUAUACAGUA